AUGAAGAUGCUCACACUCAUUCUCUCGGCCCUGAUUGGCCAAGUGGUUGGUCUGGCUUCUACAGAUACCAUUACCUGGGGAGGUGACAAUUCGCGAACAGGUUACCAAACCAACCAUAACAUGGACCCUGCCAUUGUAGGUAGCCCUCAAUUCGACAUUGUCUUCAAAACAGCGCUGCCUGGUCGCUACAUCAACGCCGCCGAGCAAAUCUUUUCUCAACCACUCGUUUACACUCCUUCAAACGACACCAAACAAUUCGUCUACCUGGCAACCACGCAAAACAACAUUUACAAGCUCGAUGCCAAAACAGGAGUUAUUAUUGCUUCGCGAAACAUCGGCAUUCCCUUCCUUACAGCUGAUCUCGAUGGCUGCGUUGAUGUCAACCCGACCGUCGGUGUCACUGCAACCGGUGUUAUUGACCCCGACACGGAUACCUGGUACAUUACUUCCAAGACGUACGUCGACCAAAACUACGGCCCGAAACCACAGGGAAGACCAGCAGGACGAUACAAGAUCCAUGCUAUCAAUGUGAACGAUCUUUCCGAGCAGCCGAACUUCCCUGUCGAUCUCGAGGGAACCAUCGCGCGAAACAAUCCCGAGCGCAUGUUCACAGGCGGCAUUCACCACCAGCGACCGGGUCUUCUCCAUACCGGACAGUUUGUCUACGCUGGCUUCGCGUCGCAUUGCGUGCAAUACAACUUUACCGGCUGGAUCAUGGGCUGGGACAAGACCAGUGGCAAAAUUGUCGAGCACUGGGCUUCAGAGGGUAUGGGCGUCAGCAGCAACAUCUCCGGAGCUGGUAUCUGGCAAUCCGGAGGUGGACUUGCAUCUGAUAACGCGGGUUCCAUGUACUUUGCUACUGGAAACGGAUACGCUUCGCAGUUGUCGACCAUUCCCGUCAAUGGGUUCAGCCCACCUACCGCAAUGGAACAAGCCGCUGUUCACAUGUCCAUCAACUCCGACGGCACACUCUCAGUAGUCGACUUUUUUAUGCCGUUUGAGAAACAGGAACUGGAUGGCGCGGACAAAGAUCUCGGAACAAGUCCACUCGAGCUCCUCCCGAGUCAAUUCUCUUGUGGCAACAUCAAGAGAAUGGGUAUCGUCACUGGAAAGUCUGGAAAGACGUACUGGCUCAAUCUCGAUGAUCUUGGCGGUUAUCGCAACGGGCCCAACAACAAAGAUCGAGUCAUUCAGACCUUUCAGAAUGAGAAUUCUGUUUACGCAGGUGCUGGCGUGUAUCCUCUCGAAGGCGGAUACAUCUACAUCAACGUGAUCCAAUACCCUACCCACGUCUUCAAAUUCUCUUGUCUCAACGGUGUUCCCUACUUUACCAAAGUUGCCGACAGUCCCACCAACAACGCGUACAUCCUCGGUGUAAGCCACGGAACAACCACGUCGCUUAACGGACAAGAAGGCACAGGUCUUCUCUGGGUCUCGGAUGUUCAAAACACCAACUUCAAGAUCUACGACGCCGUCCCUCAGAACGGAUAUCUCAACGUCAUCAGAAACUUUACAAUCGUCGGCAUCACAAAGUUCAGUAGGCCUGUGUUUGGAGAUGGCAUGGCCUACAUUGGUACCACGGUCGGCUACUUCUAUGGUCUCGGCUCGACCAACAAGUACCCUCUAAAUUGCACUGCUUCAGUUGACUUUGGAACCUCGAACUUUCAGAACGCUACGACACCUCAAACCAUUAAUUGUACCGCGCUGUUUGAUCUGUCUGUUACCAACAUCAGUCUUGCCGACGCGACAAACUACAACAUCACCAAGACACCCAAUUUACCUCUGUCCAUGUCCGCGGGCGACCAGCUUCAAUUCUCGGCACAGUUUUCUCCCCAGAGUGUUGGUCGCUUGGGUGGAAUUGUCAACAUCGUGACUUCAAGUGUCUCAGAUACGUCGUACAGCAAGUCUACCAAGGUCCGGCUCACAGGUAUUGGCUCAAGCUCUAAUGCUUUGCUGGAUGUCAGCCCCAAGUCUGUUGUUUUCACUGGCCUUGUCAGCGGUUCACAAGCCACCACACAAAGUAUCCUGAUCGGAAACGACGGUACUCAGAGCCUGACAGUUACUGCGGUUUUGUAUACAAACACUUCCUCCUCUGGUCCAUUUACUACGUGGACAGGGACAGGCAAUCUCACGGUCGGCCAAUUCACACUCUCAGGUAUUCCGAACUCUGUGAGCGGAGGCGGCGACAGUGCUAUUACCGUUCUCGCCAAUACCGCCAUGUCCGGAAACUUCACUGCUUGGGUCAAGUUCGUCACCACUGGCGGUAAUGCGACAGUCUCAUUGUCAGCAGCAGCAGGUGAUCCUCCCACAGCUUUACUCGAAUUCCAAACACCAGAUGGAACCGGAUGGGUCAAGUAUGAUCCCAACACUCCCUUCACCUUUGGCAACGUUACAGAGAACACUUCCAAGUCAUUGCGCUUCCGCAUCAGCAAUACUGCUUCUGUUGGUGGUGUCAAACUCGGCCUCACAGUCUCGAAGCCUCCCUUUGGUGUCCCUGGUAUCGUCCGGUCAGCCAACCAGAUUGAUCUCGCCGAGGGUACCCUCAUUGCACCUGGUCAAAGUCAGACUGCGACACUUACUUGCAAUGUCCCGAAGAGCCAGUGGAACGUCCCAUCUUACAACGGCACCGCGCAAUGGACCAUCAACACCAACGAUCCAACCUGGAGUUUUGAGAAGCGCGCCGUUCGAUUCUUCUGCAACGCCGUCGCCGAACAAGCUGCUCCUCUUCUACCCAGCGGCCAAGGCCAAUACCAGUAUGUCGGUUGCUUCAAAGAGAACAACCCAGGUCGUCAGCUAUCCAACCUUCUCUACGCCAACAGCUCCAACACAAAUGAGAUGUGUAUCAACACCUGUGGUGGGGAAGGUAUGACCUUUUGUGGCACGCAAUACCGCAGCGAGUGUUGGGCUGGAAACAAAAUUCCCAACCAAAAGGUCGACGAUGCCAACUGCAACUUUGACUGCGCGGGGAGCCUCAACCAGUACUGUGGUGGCAAUGGUAUUGACGGGAGCGGUGUCUACAUCAGUCUCUUUGCCGACACACUUCAGUGGGAUGGAAGCUUGUCUGGUGGCUCAUCCGGCGGCUCAUCUGGCGGCGGCGGCAGUGGUGGUAGUAGUGGUUCAAGCACGCCCCAGGGACCCUCUGUGAAUCCUGGUGUUGACGGAUAUACCAGUAUCGGAUGCUACACCGAGGCGACGUCCGGUAGAGCUCUUCCCAAUGGACGAGGUGUGGACUCACCUACCGUGGCAGAGUGUGUUGAUGCCUGUAGCAGUGGAAACUUUGUCUAUGCUGGAGUAGAGUAUGGUGGAGAGUGCUACUGCGGUAAUACCUUCACGGGUGGUUCAGUACCUGCACCCAUCGCGGAAUGCGGUAUGCUUUGCAAUGGCAACUCGAGCGAGUAUUGUGGUGGUCCCAACCGUCUUAACGUGUAUCAGCUUAAUUCGGCCUACAGUGCUUCCUUGCCAACUUCAUUGUCGACCUCUUCCUCGAGCAGUAGUACAUCUUCGUCAACUUCAACGUCUUCGAGUAUCUCGUCAACCUCGACUUCAACUUCGACGUCCAGCACUUUGUCGAGUACUUCUAGUACAUCUACCUCCGGCAUCAGUGUCAUGUCUUCAUCCACUUCGUCAUCGCUGUCCACCUCUAGUUCAACUUCCACUUCCACUUCAAGCACAUCUAGCUCCGUAAGUACGAGCUCUACAUCCAGCAGCACCACAAAGAGCAGCACCACCACGAGCAGUACUACCACAAGCUCUGUUUCGUCUUCUUCUUCUACCUCGACUAGCUCUAGUUCCGUCGCUGGUAAUGUCGCCGGUGGUGCGAGCAGUGUUCCUACCUCUACGUCAGGAAGUACCACAAAGACACCAACCUCAACGACGAGUAGCAGUUUGACCAGCGCUUCGACCUCCAGUAGCUCAAGCACUACCUCCCAAUCCACCACCUCAACAACGUCAAGCACCAGCACAGCGACUACAUCGACAACUUCCUCCAGCACAUCCACCUCAAGCUCGAGUACUUCGUCAACAUGGACAACGUUUUCUACGGUCUCUUCCGUCAGCAGCCGCUCUACAACUUCUACUACAAGCUCCAGUACAAGCUCUAGUACAUCUGUUGCGGCUCCUUCAAGCGCAGGUCCUUCGAGUGUCGUCUCAUCUAGCACCACACUGUCUAUCACUAGUCGCACUUCGUCCUCUGGCACGUCCCUGAUUGCUCCAGUGACCCAGGUUGCAGGCUUGUCGAGUGUUGCAUCUGCUGGAACAUCUCUGGCUGUUCCCUCACUGAGCUCCCAGGCAGCUGCUCAAUCGGCUCCGACAUCUGCUAGCUCGUCCGUGGCUGUGGCUCCAAGCUCGAUUGCAGGCGUAUCAGUGCCUUCAUCCGCUGGUGCAUCAUUGAAUUUACCCUCCACAAGUACUCAAAUUGGAAUUGCUUCUUCUGCCGGAACUUCAUUGGCCUCUCAGGUCGCCGUUCCAUCCGUUGCCUCUACACUAGCUGGCACUUCUCGCACGACAUCCACCACGUCGUCAACCUCAACCUCAUCGACAUCAUCCACAGCUUCACGCGCCACCUCAACAAGCACCACCAGCUCAACCACGUCAUCCGCUAAACCUGUCGCUACCGGUCCCUCCAUCUCAGACACAAUCGGUACAUGGUCAUUCCAAGGCUGCUGGGCAGAACCUCUGUUCCUCAUUCGUGCGCUCAGCUCCAAGACCACCUCCAGCAACGACAUGGAUCUCGACGCCUGUGCCGCUUUCUGCACAGGCUACACCUACUUCGGUGCCGAAAAUGGACGCGAUUGUUACUGUGGUAACUUCCUCAACAUUGGAAGCUAUCAGGCUCUCAAUCAAAAGGACUGCUCCGCUACUUGUCCAGGCGACAAGACCCAGUACUGUGGUGGAACACAGCGACUACAGCUUUACAAAGCUGGCAAGCCUGCGACUGGACUCAGGAACUUCCAAAGUUACUCUUGCGCUUCUGAACCGUUCAUAGGUCGACUUCUCUCAGAUCUUGUCCUUACAGACUCCAGGUUUAUGACUGUCGAUACUUGUCUUGACAAGUGCGGGAACUACAAGUACGCUGGCGUUGAAAACGGCCGCGAUUGCUAUUGUGGUAACACGGUCAACUGGCAAGGACUUAUUGGACAGGGUAAGAAUGUUACCAUGACGGAUUGCAACAUCAAUUGUCCUGGUAACAGUCUUGCUUAUUGUGGUGGGUUGGCAAAGAUGAAUUUGUAUAUUAAUAACUCUACUGCAAUGGCGUUUUUGAGCAGGCAUAGGAGGCGACAUGCGAAGGGGCUUCUGUAG